UUUAUUUAAUAUAACAGGCUUUUCAAAUUCCAUGUUCGUGCACAAUUUCUACUUGAAAUAUGAAAAGGCAGUCUUGUGGUGGACCCGACUCUACUACUGCCUCUGUGUCUGCCUCUGUGUCUCAGGGCCAUAAUCGUAUCAUCGCCUACAGCCGACCCAUCUACUUCUGUCUGUGCUGCGUGUUGAUCUGGAUGUUGGACUACGUCAGUGACAGAACCGGUUCAGCCCGGUUCACCCUGUACGGUGUCGCCGUCACUAGCUCCCUGGUUCUGUCCUCUGCCAGAGACCUCGUCAUCGUGUUCACUCUGUGCUUUCCUGUCGUGUUCUUCGUGGGGCUCCUCCCCCAGGUCAACACCUUCGUCAUGUACCUCUUUGAGCAGUUGGAUAUCCACGUGUUCGGGGGGAACGCCUCCACCAGCCUUCUGUCAUCGCUCUACAGUGUCCUGCGCAGCGCGGUCACCGUGGCCCUGCUCUACGGCCUCUGCUACGGGGCCCUAAAGGAGACCUGGGAACCUCAGCACAUCCCUGUGUUGUUCUCGUUGUUCUGCGGUCUCCUGGUGGCUGUCUCCUACCAUCUGAGCCGACAGAGCAGUGACCCCUCUGUCCUGAUUUCCUUGGUGCAUUCCAAGCUUCUGCCCAACAUGAAAGACAAGAACUCAGAAGACCCCCUGUCUGAGGUCCAGGAUCCUUUACCAGAGAAACUCAGGGGUUCUGUGAGUGAGCGUCUCCAUUCCGACCUGAUCGUCUGCGUUGUCAUCGCUGUCCUCUACUUUGCCAUCCACGUCAGCACCAUGUUCAUCGUUCUGCAGCCGUUCCUGAGCUACGUGCUGUAUUCUCUACUGGGAGCGGUGGGCCUGCUGACACAUUACCUGCUGCCUCAGGUCCGCAAGCAGCUACCCUGGUACUGCUUCUCACACCCACUGCUCAAGACCAGGGAGUAUUACCAGUUUGAGGUCAGAGGCGCGGCCCAUGUGAUGUGGUUCGAGAAGCUCCACGUGUGGCUGCUGUUCUUAGAGAAGAAUAUUCUGUAUCCCCUGGUCAUCCUCAACGUGCUGAGUGGCAGCGCCAGGGAUCUGGCCAGUCCCAGGAAACUGGACACGGAGGUUGGAGCGUUGAUGAUAACAGUGGCAGGUCUGAAGCUGCUUCGUUCCUCAUACAGCAGCCCCACCUACCAGUACAUCACAGUCCUCUUCACCGUCCUCUUCUUCACCUUCGACUACCGCAACCUAUCAGAGACCCUGCUGCUAGACCUCUUCCUCAUGUCCAUCGUUUUCAGCAAGCUCUGGGAGCUGUUCUACAAGCUGUGUUUUAUCUACACCUACAUCGCCCCCUGGCAGAUCACCUGGGGGUCGGCCUUUCACGCCUUCGCCCAGCCCUUCGCUGUGCCUCACUCUGCCAUGCUGUUUGUUCAGGCUGUAGUGUCGGCUGUCCUCUCUACUCCUCUCAACCCUUUCCUGGGCAGCGCCAUCUUCAUCACCUCCUACGUCAGACCUGUCAAGUUCUGGGAGAGAGACUACAACACUAAGAGAGUGGAUCACUCCAACACCAGACUGGCUUCUCAACUGGACAGAAACCCAGGUUCUGACGACAACAACCUGAACUCUAUAUUCUAUGAGCACCUGACGCGCUCCCUGCAGCACAGCCUCUGUGGAGACCUGUUGCUGGGCCGCUGGGGGAACUACACCACAGGAGACUGUUUCAUCCUGGCUUCAGACUACCUCAACGCUCUGGUUCACCUGGUGGAGAUCGGCAAUGGACUGGUCACCUUCCAGCUCCGAGGACUGGAGUUCAGAGGUACGUACUGCCAGCAGAGGGAGGUGGAGGCCAUCACGGAGGGGGUGGAGGAGGACGAGAGCUGCUGCUGCUGUGAGCCAGGUCACCUUCCACAUGUCCUUUCCUUCAACGCGGCCUUCGGACAGCGCUGGCUGGCCUGGGAGGUGCUGGUCACCAAGUACGUCCUGGAGGGCUACAGCAUCACAGACAACAGCGCUGCCUCCAUGCUCCAGGUGUUUGACCUCCGACGCAUCCUGACUACUUACUACGUCAAGGGGAUCAUAUACUACGUAAUAGCCUCUACCAAGCUGGAGGAGUGGCUGGCCAAUGAGACGAUGAGGGAGGGGCUGAAGGCCUGUGGAGAGAGGAACUACGUGGACCUGGACCCGACCUUUAACCCCAACAUAGACCAAGACUACGACCACCGCCUGGCUGGCAUCUCCAGGGACUCCUUCUGCCAGGUCUACUUGGGCUGGAUCCAGUAUUGUAACUCUCGGCGGGCCAAGCCUCUGGACAGUGAGAAGGACUCUUCCUGUGUUGCUGUGUUUCGCCUGUGUGUGCUGGGCAGGAGAGCACUGGGGACAGCUGCACACCAUAUGUCUAG